CAGCACAGCAAAUUAAAGCUGCCAACUACAAACUGCACAGCUUUUUGUACCUAAUAGGCAUGCAUUCCUGUAGAAUCCUCUCAUUUAAGACAACCUCUACUAUUUCAAGAGAAAGAAGACGCUGUUUCCUCAACAAUGCUGUUGAGCUGCCCAUGCACGCAUUAAAACCUCCAGAGACCUCAGGAACGCCAUCCUCAGCCCCUUUACCACACCCUCCCCCUUCUCUCUCUCUCUCUCUCUCUCUCUCUCAUCAUGGAACCUCUUUCUAAGCUCAGUCAUGAUCCUCUCUUAUCAAAGCAUCUGCACUUGACCCUCUUCCAGUUUCUGAGACUUUCCUUUCUCAUACUUUUGUUUUCCAUUGAAGCCUUCCUCAUACUGCAAGAGUGGAAACCCAUCUUCCAUAUCCUCUCACUCUCUUGUUUCCUUUUCUUCAUCCACAAACACUUCAUCUCAAACUCUCCUUCGGUCUACCUUGUGAAUUUCUCAUGUCUCAGCCCACCAAGCUUCUGCAGGGUCCCUUUUUCCUCCUUCCUUGAACAUGUCUCCAUGAUCGACUGCUUUGACAGUGAAAGCAUAUCCUUCAUGACAAAAAUCCUCCACUCUUCGGGCCAAGGUGAACAGACCUAUCUCCCUCCACCUCUGCACUACAUUCCCCCAAGAACCAACCACCAAGAAUCAAUGAAAGAAGUCUACAUGAUGCUUUUCCCUCUCAUGGAUGAUCUUCUGUCCAAAACUAAAGUCUCUCCUCAUGAUAUCGAUAUUCUCAUUGUAAACUGCAGUAGCUUCAGCCCUGCUCCUUCUCUCUCAUCCAUUAUCAUCAACAGGUACUGCAUGAGAGCAGAUAUUAAGAGCUUUAACAUCUCUGGAAUGGGCUGCAGUGCAGGAACCCUUGGCAUUGAUUUGGCCCAAAACCUCUUGAAACUUCACAAGAACUCCUAUGCCAUUGUGCUAAGCACAGAGAUUUUGUCCACGGGUUGGUAUUCUGGAAAAGAGAGAGCAAAGCUGCUCAUUAAUUGCCUCUUCCGAAUGGGCAGCGCUGCAGUCUUGCUUACAAACAAAAAAGAAGCCCGAAAAUCCUCAAAAUAUAAGCUCUUCAGGACACUUAGAACCCAGAGAGCAUUUGACGACAAAGGCUACCAUUCAGCAAUUCGUGAAGAGGACUCAAAUGGUUUAACUGGGGUUCACCUUAACCGGGACUUAUUGCAGGUGGCUGGAGAAACUCUCCGGUCAAACAUCACUGUUCUGGGUUCAUUAAUCCUGCCUUUCUCAGAGAAGUACCGGCAUGGAGUUUCGGUGAUUUGGAAAAAAUAUAUUGAUAAAUCUGUGGAGAUUUACGUGCCAAAUUUCAAAUCCGUGAUACAGCAUUUUUGCCUGCCGGCUUCAGGGAAGCCAGUGAUAAGGGAGAUAGCAAAAGGGUUGAAACUCACUGAGAAGGACAUGGAGCCUGCUUUGAUGACACUGCACAGGUUCGGGAACCAGUCUUCUUCUUCAAUGUGGUAUGAACUGGCUUACAUGGAGGCGAAGGAGAGGGUGAAGAAGGGUGACAGGGUUUGGCAGCUUGGGAUGGGGAGCGGGCCUAAGUGCAAUAGUGUAAUAUGGGAGAGUGUUAGGCCCAUUGUUGGGGAGUCCAAGAGGGGCCCGUGGGCUAACACAAUUGACGGGUAUCCAAUUGCUGAUGGUAAGCCCAUGAUCUGACCUUCAAGAGCUAGGGAGUGUGCUUUAGAUUCUAUUUUUUCUUUCCUUCUUUUACCCCUUUUUCUUGUAAAGGGGCGGUGUCCUGCAGAGUGUUGAUGAAAUGCAUGCGUUAAUUCUGUUUCCGGCUUUGUGCACAGCUGCAUAAAGUAAAUAAGUAAAAGAUAUUUAUCUGUGGCA